UUCUCGUCGACGGAUACUGCUGAAAGCGGUGAAAACGAGAAGAUAAGCGAAGAGCAGUAGUUUUCAGAGCAUUUAACUGGGGAGGAAUUGACUUUAAGUUGCUAGAAAAGAGGACUGAGUUGUAAAAUGAAGCGCUUUGGAGCGUCAAACCGCCUAACUGUGCGACGUGUCUGACUCCAAAUGUUGUUCCAAAAUCCUCCUGACUCCCGGGGCGUGUUUGGAUUCGCAUAGGGUCACAAUGUUGGUGCUGGCAGGGAUCGUCGUUUUGCACGUCACCACCAUCAUCCUACUCCUGGUGGCCACCAUUGAUAACGCCUGGUGGGUUACUGACACUGCAUACACAGACCUGUGGGGCAAGUGGGACUUAAUAAACUCAGACUGGCAUUAUGGCGAUCUGAAAAAAUACACAGAAGUCGAAUCAGACUUCCUCCAGUCGGUGCAGGCCACCUCGGUCCUGGCCUGCGUUUUCACCAUCCUGGCCCUGUUUGUGUUCGUGGCUCAGCUGUUUACCCUGCCCAAAGGGCAGAGGUUCAUCUUCACUGGCAUUUUACAGUUAAUCGCUUGCCUGUGCAUAAUGACCGCAGCCUCGAUCUACACAGCGCAGCUUCACACCACUGACAAAAAAGGAGGGUACGGGCACAGCUACAUCCUGGCGUGGAUCUCUUUCGUCCUCACUCUCUUCCUCACCAUCACCUACAUCGUGCUGCGGAAGAGGAAUGAGUGAAUUGGAGGAGGAUGGGGUCCGUGCUCCUUUGUCCUUUUAGUCAUUUCAAGACUUGUCAGCUUCAUCCUCAGUUAGGAAUAUGUUGGAAUGCUAACGAGCCAAUACUCUUGAUUUGAUUUUAACAAGUUAGAGUUGGAGAGUGGGACUGUAAGUGGGUAAGAUAAGGAGAUUUUUUAUCUGUGUAACCUUAACUAAUUAAUCAUUUAUCUCUGCGAUGUAGCUACUUGUAGGGCUGGAAACUCAGUCCAGACAUUAUCAGCAUUUUAAAGUCUGUGUGAAAUGUUACUUGCUGUUCUUCUGACUGUGCUGACUAGAUUUCCGCCGCGCACAUGUCUGAUCUGUUCAUCUAAGUUUAAUUUGUGAGUGGUACAGAUCCACUCAGAACUGCUCAUACACUCAUUGGCAUGCAUUCAAUAUUCCUCUAUUUUGAGUUUGCUGAGAUAAUUUAUGUUAAA